CGGGGGGAGGAAGUGGCGGCUGUUUCCUGCGCAGGCGAAGGCGCCGCUGGCCUGGGGCGCGCCGGGCUGCCUGGCUGCCUGGCUGGGGACGCGGCGCUGCUUCCUCCGCCCGCCGCCUGUGGCUCGCCUGGCGCAGCUGCACCCAGACGGGCGACGCUUCGGGGGCCUGGAGCAGAGCCGCGCCCAGACGUGCUGAGUUGUGGUCACGUGACUGCCAGUGAGCCACCGAUUGGUCCUUGCCCCUAUAAAACUGCGCUACUCAUCGCGACCAGCCAUCAGUCAGGAACGACUGCAAAGGGAGGCUGGAGACUUCUGAAGAGAUAAUCUGCCUCAAACCUUGGAAGAGUGCCUGAGAUUGAUUACAGUUCACUGGAAGAAGAAGAAAAAACACAAAGGUGGCUGAAAUGGCCAGCAACAACACAACAAGCAUAGCUCAAGCCAGGAAACUGGUGGAGCAGCUCAAGAUGGAAGCAAAUAUCGACAGAAUAAAGGUGUCGAAAGCAGCGGCAGACCUGAUGGCGUACUGCGAAGCUCACGCCAAGGAGGACCCCUUAUUGUCUCCCGUUCCCGCCUCGGAAAACCCCUUUCGAGAGAAGAAGUUUUUCUGCGCCAUUCUGUAAUCCUCACAAGAACCUGACUCUGACAUGGGGCCACCCUGGACACUGAUGUAGAGAUUUUUCAGCGGCGCGGAUGCGUUUCCAGAGUCCGCCCAAUUUCAAAAGAAGCGAGCAACCUGGAAGUUGACAGGGGAAUGCAUGUUCCAAGAGAAAAAUGGCCUCCGUCUGUUGGAGAAGGAGCUUGUGCGGUUGAUCGGGCUCAGCCGGCUAAAGAUCUUGACAGCUGCAGCGUUGCCUGUAGAGGGAGGGGGGAAAUGUGUCAGAGUAAAUUUAAUGUCCAUGUCUGCUCUUGCCAAACAAACCUUUCUGGCCUCUUUUUUUCCCGAAAAAAUAAAUAAAAAGAGGAUUGCGCGGAGCAAAGCUACACUGACACAAAGGGGUAUGUUUGUGUGUGUGAGUAGCCUUAUUGGAUUUGUGUCUCCCCCCCCCCCAUGUCAUUUUAUUUAAUGUUCAAUUGUAAAAUAAUCACAACAGGUUAGAUUGAUGAUGGCAUUUAUUAGCAGUGCGUCAUGUGUCAUUUAGCAUCUUAGAGUAGAGCUACACGGGGAAGGGAAGGGACCAGUGACGGAUCAGCCCAAACCAUUCUGUCUUUCUCUCUCCUGAUCAAGGAUUUGCUGAGAAUGUGUUAUGGCUGCAGAGAGCUGUUGGGGCUGUCUUGCGUGUUCCUAGCGUACUUCGUGCUACUGUUUUUCUAUCAUUUGUAUCUGGUAGCUUUUGUUCUGCAAGUAAAUCGUAUGUUGUGACAA